CUCUUGCCCCUUGCUCUGGGGAUUCCUACCACAUACAGCCCUCCCCCUCCACGUUCGCAGUCAUGGAUGUUCCCAUCCUGGGGCCAAUCCUUCGGUGGCUUCAGGCCCUCUUCUUCUCAAAGCACCUCCAGAUUGCCAUUCUGGGGCUGCAGUCUGCCGGUAAGACCUCACUGGUCAAUGUCAUUAGCAGUGGACAAUUUUCCGAGGAGAUGGUUCCUACAGUGGGCUUCAAUAUGAGGAAGAUUCAGAGCGGCAACGUACAGAUCAAGAUGUGGGACAUUGGCGGACAGCCUCGCUUCCGGUCCAUGUGGGAGCGCUACUGCAGAGGCGUCUCCGCCAUUGUAUUCGUAGUAGACUCAGCCAUCCCUCGCCCCUCUACAGAACAACAACCAGCAUCAGCAACUUCCACAGCAGUAGAGACAGCGCCGGAUCCCUCAGCAGACAAGCAAAGUCGCGCAGCUGCCCUCACUACAGCUGCCGGUACGGGGUCAGCUUCGAGUAGACUGGCCAAUAUAGCGUGGCAUACCGCUACGGAGGAGUUGCAUGCAUUGGUUAGCAGACCGGAGCUGGCGGGGAUCCCAUUGCUGGUGCUGGCGACGAAGAAUGAUGUCAAGGGGGCAGCGAGCGUGGAGGAAGUGAUCAAGGUGAUGAAGCUAGAUACCCUACGAGCUCGGGAAGUCUCUUGCUACUCAGUCUCGUCCAAGACACAAUCCAAUAUUCCGCGGACAAUGCAGUGGCUUUGUAAUCGUCAACCACUAGGUACGGGCAAGUGAGGGAGGGACGCAGGCUGGCAUACCUCCUCGGGCAUAUCGCCGAGCGCGGCACAGCGUGCGGUUAUUUAGGGGAGCAGAGCGAGGCAAGCAUGAGGCCGUAUAGGUCGAGGUCACGGAUGUAGGGAACCGGCGGUCUGGAGGACCGGGCCUGUGCGCUCUGCUCUACGCCCAAUCUACCUGUCCAGCAAGGAAUUGACGGCAAGACGCCUUCGCUGUAUUGCUUGCUGCUGCUGCUGCUGCUGCUGCUGCUGCUGCUGCUACUGUCUAGAAGGUCCCUUACACUGGACCUCGGACUUCUUUGGCGCUCUCUACCCCCUCUGUCACUUUGUAACUGUAUGUAUCCGUUUGAAAGUGCCUCACACAAUACAAUGCCAUGCCAUGUCAU